ACGAUACUUCUGUAGAAGGGAAGUAUUAUGCUGUGGUGCUCGAGCAGGUUCAGGAGGUCACGGUUGCCUAAUGCGUGAUGAUGAUGUAUGAUGGAUGCCAAUAACAAAAAAAGCCAAAAGAUUACGUGAAGUGCCCCGCAUACUACACUCCUUCAUCUUAUUGUUACGGCGAACACCACCAAAUCCAAUGGCGCCCAAGUUACUAUUUCUUUUCGAAAAAGACAAUGACCGUUAUUGGCUGUCGGAUGCUACGGGUCUCCCGAUAGCAGAUGGUUGUCCUCUACUUGAUCUGAAAGACAAGGAACUAGUCUAUGAGACAGAGCUGCUGAUUAUGGUCACUAGUGCCAUGGAAGCGAAGCUGGUGCCCGCGAAUUACAACUACCUCGCUAGCUAUAAGAUAGCUGAAACCUACUACGUGUUGCUUGAGGAACGCAUUGAUGGAGGAUUUACGGCUAUAUCGCCCUCAUCUAACUCAGCGACUCUCGGGGAUGGUGAUUCCGCAAAGUCUGACGAUGAAACGCCCACGACACGCCGUCCGCCAACCUAUAGUCUCUCGGAUGGUGAGGAUAACGAUUGUACCGAUAGUGACAUCGUGAAUCCUUCUCAAAGCACAACCGUCCCCAGUGCUUCUAGCCAUGACGGUAUCUUAACUCCUUCUCAAAGCACCGCCACCACUAGAGCUUUCAGCCCUGCCGACGUCGACAGGAGUGAUGAUCCCAAGCGAGACGGGGUUAAAAUUAGUGAAUCUGACGGCCUGUCACCAGCCAACAAAACAGUCCCCAGUACUGAGAAAUCUUACAAAACCCCCGAGGUUGCUACUGACUACGGCUCCGAUACCGACGGCGAACCUAUAGAUAGUGGCCGCAGACGCCGCCAACCAAUCAUGACAGAAGUGCCACCACGUGAGCCCCCUUCCCAGCCUGCGACCGAUUUUUUCUCGGAAAUGGCUCGUACAGACUACACCUGGGGAGGAAUAGACGCUUCCGGUUGUAUCGAAUUCGUUCCCGACCAGGAGUCUCGUUCAAAUCCUAUCCGGGUUGGCCCUGGACCGGAGAUUCCAAGCGGAUCAGACCCCCAAUCCAAGACCAAUCAUUUUACCCCAUCAACGACUCGCAAGCCUCUCCCUUAUCCUCCGGCAAAUAAUGGCCUGCCUACUUCGCGUGCUACUCCUUAUUACACCAAGUGGGGUUGGUAUCAGCCCCCCGCAUAUGGGCCAACCAAUCCCUUUGGACCCCAAUGACCCUAUUAAAGUAUCAGAUGUAGACCACUAAAUGGACGAGAAGCCUCAGUGAUAUGGCUACACUGGCGC